CAGCUGCGAUUGCAGAGGGAGCACCUAGCCAGUAAUCUAAGGAGCACAGGGCCUGGGAGACCUAGACAGAUGGAAGUGUGGGGGAGCGCCAAACAGCUAAAAGCUUUAAUGAAAUACUGUAUACCAGACACCUUAAGUGAACCAGGAGAGCCCAUGGGAAUCUCAUACUUCCGGGAAAUGGCAGGGAAGAAUGCUCUAGGGCAAGUGAAAAUGUCCUGCAUCCAGGAAAAGGAAUGGAAGCUCAGAGUACACUUGAACCUGUCCUGAAACAGCACCUGAGAGGCCAACAUAUCACACCUAAGCACAAGUAAUGCUAGAGAAAUUUGAAGCCAGUAACAGCAGCCAGGAAACCCCCAACCCACCUCAAUGAUUGACUGGAUUAAUUCCUUACCACACAACAAAGGCCUGCCACACAAAUCCAUUCUCUAGCCCAAAUACUGCUUACCCCUACUACCUUACAAAUUCAGCUUACAACCCUAACAGACACGAGAAAGACCAACGGAACAAUCUUCUGUCAAGAAUCAAAAUAAUCAAUAGAUCUAAAACCAGAUGGUGUCCCAGGCAGAGCCCCACCCCCUGGGCAUGUUUGAGUGCCAGCUUUGUGCCUUGACAGCUCCAUACAGCUACGUGGGGCAGAAGCCCCCUGAUACCCAGGCUGUUGUCCUUCUGGAGGAGAGCUACAUUAUGAAGGAUCCCUUCUCCUUGGACAAGGCCAAGUUCCUGGUCCUUGGUGCACGGUGCAGCAUGUGUGGCAAACUGGUGUGUGUGGGCCCGGAGUGCAGCCUGUUCUACUCCAGGAGGUUCUGCCUCCCCUGCGUCCAGGAGAACAUCAGUGCCUUCCCUGAGGAAAUCCAGCAAGACCUGAAGAGGAGAACUCCGUCCCAGAGGCCUUCCAGCCAACCCUGAUGUGGGAGGGCACAAUGCGCUGUGUAGCACUGUGGGCUUGCCUGGGACCUCAGCUGGGAGCUGUGUAUCUGGCCUUCUCUGCACUGCUGUGUACAGCACUGCAGCCCCAGGGACUGGGGAGCCACGUGAGGACGGGACAUCAGGAGUAGACCAGCCGGCUGGAGUGAGGGAGAGGGAGGCCCUCCGGUGGACAGUUGGCUGACACCUCUUGUAUAUGUACCUGUGGGGAGACACCCAGCUGCUCAGGGACUUCUCAGUAACAUGGUCAUUUGUCUCUAAGGAAAUCAGCAUCUGAAGCUGUACCUGCAGCAGGCCGGACGGCAUAGAGAUUUACUUCCGGCCGUGUGACACCUGGGAAAUGUUUUAAAGCCUGGUUGUGUAUUAUAUUUAUAAUUAAAAACUCAAAGAAUCAGCUAAUGGUUUGAGUAA